AUGGCCACGGGUGUUACAGAGCGGGACUCAGCGCGAGACGCCGGGGGAGCCAAAAAGGGUCGCGACAAACGUGGCCGCCACCAGGCCAAACCUGAUCGUUCAAGACUGACAAACCGGCACCGCCAGCGAAACCCGAACGCGCGGCAAGCCCUACCGUACGAGCCCGCGAUCACAAAAGCCACCAAUGCGGAGCAUCACUAUUAUCCUGAAGAAAACCCUCCCCAAUCCAUCACUCAGUCGACUGGGAUUAAACGGAAACGAUCGAGCGAAUCUCAAGCUGACGCUGAAGUCAAAGUGUAUGAUCCUCAAGACAAGCAUGUCACAAAACAACCUCGAGAAAGUCCGCCUCCAGUCCUCGAACCACCUGAGGAUUUACCAAAUCAUAUAACACAAUUCCGAAGUCUGGGUCCUUCUAAAGACCAGCUCUCUGAAAAUAACUUACGAUUGUUCAACGGGGAGAUGAAUCUCUCCGCCAACAAUAGUCCGGUUCUCAAACGGACCUCGUCGAGGCGUUCCUUGGCUGCGUCAUCGGAUAUAGACACAGUCCGAUCUCAACGCUCCUCAAACACCACGGCCUUCUAUCGCUAUAAGCAUCUUGAGGAAGCCGAUAUUUACAUCCACACUGAUCUACCUGGCGACAUUGAGGCCGAUAUCGACCGCAUCGUCAAAGCCAAGGUUUCCAAGCAUCGCAGUGUUAAACUUUCUAGCAUUGCCAAAGGAUUCUACGGGUCGUGCAAGGAAGCUGUGAAGGCUGCGGUUGAGGAAGAUGACUUUGUCCACAUAUUCCGUCGCGCGCUCGAAGCUAUGAGCCCCGAUGAGAUCAUGUUACGUGAAAAAGCCGACUGGCGAGAGGAGCUGAAGCCAAUUCCACAGCAGUCCGACCUGAACCUGAGUUUCUUGGUAAAUGUGAAUGCUGCUGUGGGUAAUGAGCAGCAAGACGAAGUUGACGACGCCUCGGCUCCACCACCACCGAAACGCCAGCAACAGUCUGGAGGCCAGAUGUACUCCCCCCCACAAUCUUCAAUGGUCGAUGCAUUGAAUCCUUCUCGCGACAACAGGCAACUCGAACCGGUCGUCAUGCCUCCUGUAAAUCAUUCCCACCUAGAGAAAUCAAAGGAAACCUUUCCAAUCAAAACACCUCGUCCGGACAUCACAGUGGGUAUAAAAGAAGAAUCCCUCAUUUCAGCCCUCUCGAUUCUUACGCCACAAUAUCUCAAUAAAACUGCGGCUAAGCGAUUUCUCAAUAAGCUCGAGGACACAAUGAUUCCGAGCGAGCGAGGCGGAUCUAUGGAGCCGCUGCUAAUCGCAGUGCCGACGCAACGCGGAUCAGACCUUGUCUUUCCAUUUGCCGUCGUCGAGGGUAAAGCCUAUUCGACAGGCAAACAAGUCUUCGAAGCACAAAAUCAGGCCGCAGUCUCUGGGGCCUGUGGCCUCAAGAUGCAGCUUUGCCUAAAUGAACUGGUCAAGCGCUCAACGUCCGAUUUUGCACUUCCAUCGUCGACGAUUCAGCCUCCGCUCUUCUUCUCCAUCUGUACUGAGGGCCCAUACCAUGAGCUCUGGGCCAACUAUACCCAUCUUGAAGAUGGCGUACAAAAGUUCAAGAUGAAGCUCUUGAAAAUUUGUAAUGGUGUAUUGUUAGACAGCGUGGAUGACUUUAUUGUCGCCGUGGACAAUGUGUUACGUUGGGGUACAGGCCAAUUUCUGAAAUCGGUUGUGGAACGUCUGGGAAAGGUUGUCAACAAGGCAAAGUCUCAGAAUGAUUCUUGA